AUUAAUAACUAGCGAACAAAUGGACAACAACAUUGAGAAUAACCCAAAAUUUAAGGAUUUUCAGUUGCCUUCUCUAAUGCUUGACUCACAAUUCAUGUUCCCAAUGGAGCCAGAGAUAUUAUAAUGAGUGAUGACUCCUCGGAUAGCGACAUCAGUAUGGAUUACGACAAUGACCAUAGAAUCGACUAUAAAGACCUCUCUAUUAAUAUUGAUGAGGUUAAUAAGAAUAUAACAUUAGACGAUACAAGCAUCUGAGGGCGCACUUGUGGGACAGUAAACUUUCAAGAUUAUGCUUAUGAAAAGCCAUGUGAUAAAUUAUGAGAAGAAAACUUUGAAGAACACAACCACAUCUUCUCCAUCUCUUCACAGAAAGGAAAGAAGAAGACUCAAGAGGAUAGGUUCUUGGUUGACCAAGAAUUCAUGGGAGAGACCGCCCAAGCCAUAUUCUCAAUAUUUGAUGGUCAUUCUGGCUCGAGAGCAUCCCAGUACUGCAAAGAUACUCUUAUGCUCAAACUCAAGGAAAAGUAUCAAGAGCUCAAAGAGAACACAUCUUCGGCAAUUCAAAAAAUUCUCCAAGAAGUCGAUUUUGAAUUUCUCAGACUUGCAAAAGAGCAAAAUUUGGAUGGAGGCUCAACCUGAGUUCUUGGGAUGAUCAUGAACAACAAACUAACGAUUGCUAACAUUGGGGAUUCCACUGCAUUCCUUGUCAAAAACUCAAACGUAAUCUCAUUAACGAGCGACCACAACUACUCGAGGUUAGAUGAAUACAACAGAGUAGCUUCCCAGAAUUUAGGGGAAUUCCUCAUACUGAAAAACCGUCUAAAUGGGCAACUAGCACUCUCAAGGUCUAUUGGUGACCUAAAAUACAGGCCUGCAGUUACAUCAGAAGCAGAGAUACAGACUAUAAACCUUGGCUCCCUGGACCAAUAUCUCAUUCUAGCAUCAGACGGAGUCUGCUCUAAGACGUUUGGAAAAAGACAGGUUACUGAUUAUAUCAAAAAUUGAAUUCAAGAAGGGAAGACCAGAGAGAGUAUCUCUCAAGGAAUCAUAAACCAGGCCAUCAGCAACGGGUCACAAGACAAUAUCACUGUGAUCAUAGUUGAGCUGCCUCACUAUUACAACAGCAGCUCGUUCUUAGGCCUGUCUCCUGAAAAAUCAGACUCGACAAUACUCUCUGCUUCAGACAAGAAAGAAGAAUUUUUCUCAUUCGAUUCAGCUCAGAAGACAAAUACUGGAAGAAGGUCUUAUAAUUUUAGCUCUGAGUCUCCAACUACGCUGAAUGAUAUUUCUAUGCACAAGAAAGCUCCAUCUUCGUUCUCUGAGAGAAUGGGAUCGGCUGUUUCAACUUGCAAAAAGGGUAACGAAUCUUCAUGAAACCCUUUUGCAAUAGAAAGCUCAGGCCCAUUCGUUGCAGAAGAUCGAUAUAUCCCUAAAAAUAUGACGAUAGGCUCGUUGAGGACGAUGAGUACAAUGAACAACAAUAUUUCUACUGAAAGAAAAUCCUUGAGCCUUAAAGAGCAAGAGAAAUAUUAUCGACAAUGCUCGAGGUCUAAAAGAAACUUUGAAAAAAGGAGUUUCGGAUUUUAAAUAAAUGUCUGUUACAAUACUUCCAGCCAACUAAAUUUUUCCAGAAUGGGAAGAUAGCAGUGGUAACCUGGUUGAUUCUAUACUGGUAGCUGGCCAGUUAUACUAUCGCGCUUUAAAAAUCAUAGCCAGAUUGCAAUUCCUGUUGGCUGAAGAUGAAAUAUUUUUAUAUAAUAAGCUUAUUCUAAUCAUUGCUCUCAAUGCU